AUGAUUAGAAAGAAAUCAGUGACAAUCGUUUGGCCAUACACACCUGAACCUUCACCUCGUCUUGAACCUUCUGUGUAUCCAUCGGAAGACGUUCCAGAAGAUUUGGACAUGUCGGGGGAUGAAAUACCGCGGGCGCGCCCCAUCAGUAUGGUGGCUCGCAAGGAUGGGGUCAUGGCACCUGGAAGACCAACCUUGGAGGAUGUACUUAACAACAAAGCACCCUCACCAUAUACCCUUGCCGCGUACACCGCCUUUUUAUCGCAACAGCAUUGCUUGGAAACGCUGGAAUUCACUACCGAAGCCAAAAAGUACGCGGAUAAAUACGAUGAAGCAUCAGCUAGUCUGGCAGGCAUGCCUCUGACCGUGGACACUCAGGAGGGAUUCGAGCUGAUUCAAGAUUGGACACGCAUCCUUGAUAUCUACGUCAAACCCGGCGCCCCUCGAGAGAUUAACCUGCCAGCGGAGGAACGAGAUGAGCUCAUUGAUCAAGCAUAUGAACUAAGACCUCCCCGGCCCGAAUCCUUGGAUGCGGCAGUGAAACGAAUGUACGAUCUGAUGUCGGAUUCCAUUUUCAUUCCCUUCUGCAACAGCCUCAAACAAGUGACCUACGCACAAACAUACAAUGCCAUGUCGGAUUUCAUGGAUCCCACCAACCUUGAACCGUCACGAUUGACAUUUGACGAGCGAGCAAUGCAUCGUCGGAUGCCCUCACGACGUCGCCGAUCCCCUCCGAAUACCUCGGCAGCUUCAUUUGAAGCAACACGUUCGCCUCCACAACAACAUCGACCAACACAAUCAUCAUCCUUAUCAUCGGCAUUGGGUCGGAACAGCGGGGCCCGGUUAUCCACGCAUGUGUCACAUUCGUCUGCGGUGUCGGAAAGUGCCUUGACAGACAGUAGCGGAGGACCGGAGACCCCACCCCCGGGCGAACCAGAACCUACGAUAACACCACCCACCACUCCCCCGACGAGCGAACUGGGCAUGGGCAGCGCUAGUCACACGAGCGGAGCAGCCUCUAUUCACGUAGCCAAAACGCAACGAAGUGAAAGUACCACAUGGAAAAAAGCGAUGAAACUGCUUGGAGGGAAGAAGAAGAAUGGUAGUUUUGGUAAUGAAUGA